AUAGAACACCGACGUGAGUAUCUUUGUCGCCGGUUCGGCACCGACUACGCACGGUUUGACCGCAAAAUCCGCCGAUACAAUUCGCGUGCCUGCAUGUGUGUCGUUGUCCAAAGACAUCGUUGAGAUGCAUCUGACUCUAUCAUCGUUUAGUAAAGUCCGGUGAAUUCUACAGUGAACUAUUCUUCGGGUUGAUGAGGUGGAAGCUACCAGAAUAAAAAUCGAGAGAGAAGAAGAGAAAGGUGAAGAGGAGACGUGCCAAGGAAAUCUGUUCGGGCACGACCGUCGUUGUGCGAGACUCGAAGAUUUUCGUCGAGGUUUUUGGCUUUCGCAUGUAGCAGAACUGUGGAAGGAACUUAAAAGCACGUUUCGAGUGAAUCUAAAUAAAGAACUCUAUGCAGUGCGAGGGCUGAGGCGGGGGGGGGGCGCGUUGCCUCCCGAGAUAUGUGAGAGUGAGUAAGAAUGGUACAGCGAACUGCAUGCAAUAGCGAGAGCGCAUCCCUCAAUGGUGCACCGAACGGCGACCGUGAAGGAGAAGGAACGUCUGGUAUCGUCGCGACAGACGUGGUAACGCGAGAUACCGCCGAUGGCGAGGCAACUUCCUUGACCCGCGGUAGCGGAAACGGCAGGUUUUCCCUGUUCAGGUGGUUCAAAUUGCGAAAUCGCGAUUCAACCGUGGAGAAACGACGAAGAACGAGCGGGAGAUCGGACGAUGAGAUCGGCAUCGUCCGACGACGCAGCAGCGUCUACUCCAGCGUAGAGAGUAUAGACACCUUCUACAGCACCACUACGGUUCGCAGUUUUGCGUUUCACGCGGGAACGCUAGACCGUUGCAAUGUAUUGUCCCUAAACAUCCUCGGACAAGCUGCCGAAGUCGGCCCGUUUGCUGCGGGAGCCUCAAAAGUUGGUAACAAAGAGAAUAACAUAGCCGCCUGCACGUUACCGAUCAACGUGCACUCCAGGAGACGAGACAUCACUGCCAGAUACUCGCUGCAUCCGUCCACGACCUUCGCCUCGUGUGAAAACUUCCCGUCAUCCGAGAAGGGCUUAUUGGGUUCGUCAAGAAUCAAUUACAACGGAUCCGUACGGCGGCGGGUACACGUGAAGGGAAAACGGAAGGCGCCCAAUCCUCCCGCGGUAAUCAAAAUCGUGGAAGUCGAUGUACGCGAAACGCCCGCGAAGAAUAGUAAUAGGCGGAAACGACGAGCACCGCAACCGCCGGAAAAAGCGACCGCGGAAACUCGUUUCACCGAAGAGCAGUCGGAGUUUAUUAUCGAUGGCGGCAGCAUGGAACUGAAGAAUGUCGACGAGAGACAAUCGAUUAGCAACGACACGCUGGUUCUUCAAGGCGGUAUGCUGUUGUCAAAGAAGGAAGUUUGCGGCAGUCCAAAAGCGGCAAAAAACAACAAAGACGUCGAUGCUGGAACAUCCAGUGUUCGGAUAUCUCGGGAAAAGGCACAGAGUUCUAUCGGUGCUACCUUGAGCUCGGCUAUGCCGCGACCUUGGUAUAAGCGCAGCGUCUUCGAGCACUCUCGCGACUUCGGAUCAUCCAAGAAAGGAGGCACGAUUUUUCACGGUCCUACGACUUCCUGCGAAAUAAAGGAGAAGUCUAUAGGAACAAACAUGAAUCAUUCUGUUGAGUCUUCGUCGAGGUUAAACUUUUUUCAUCGCAGUGAUCGGCAAAGCGACGAUAAAAAACGACAGGAGGCUAAACGAAAAUCCGGUUUAUCUAUCCUGACGAACAUCAGUGAACUGGAUAAAGAAGCGGCAGCGAUCGUGCAGGAGGAACAGGCGCGAACUCGGGCAUCGAUGUUGUUGAAAACAUCAAAGUUUGUCGAUGACUUUGAAAACAGAAGCGAUGUUAAUGAGGAAAUCGUUCAGGAUAUAGUCACUUCGGCGAUGGAGAACUCAUCGCCUCGACGAGGCACACGUGCGCUGAUCUCAAAAUUCAACGCCAUCAGCAACAUCACUAAAGUCACGGUUAAUGCUAAUUUCUUUGCUAAGAAGGAUCAGUCAGAUUACAAACUCGAUCGCGAUGUAACAAGGAACAGCAGAUUCGAACAAAUCGGAGACUGGAGGAGUCAGAGAUUCUCGGCACAACAGAAUCUCGGCCAGAGUGUUCGUGUUGAUAAAGAUAUUUCUAGAUAUUUUUUGCCUCAGCAGAAUUCAUCGAAAAAUAAAAUAGAGUCGACGCAUACGAAUGUAGACGUCAAAAUCACCUCUAGCAAGGAACAGAACGAUCAGCUGAUGAAAGAAGCGUCUAAUAGAAUAUCACUUUUGCAAAGCCAGCUCGCUGCAAAUCGCGCGAACGAGACUCUAACUGUUCAGAAAGAUAUCGCGUUAUCGAUAGCGGAGGAAAAAAAAAGAUCACGACAAGAAAUCACCGAAGAAAGAAAAGACAGAGAAUCGCCGAGACUAAACAAUGAAACUAGGAAAUUUCUGCUGUCUCGUGCUCGUAACUUAGUUGAAAGCACGGAAAAUACGUUGGAUCCCGUCAGAGAAAAGGCGAAAGGAAAUGAAAAACGGUUGGAGGGGGUGCAGAAAGAAUUCUCGAACAUCUUCGACGAGAUCGAUCGACAGCUGCGUUCUAGAGAGUUCAAACUCGAACAGAAACCAGCAGUCAAAUCCGACAUCGUCAGAGACAAAGUUCCAGAGAACGAAGCUGUAUCGAGUAGAGUGGCUAAAGUACUCGAUAUUCUGGUGGAAGCUGAGAAGGAUGGUAAGACGAGAUCGGAGGUACAACUAGAAAGAUCGAUACAAGACAAGGAAACAUCGCGUUUGAUUAAUUCAAACCAGAAGACGAAGUCUGGUAAGACAAAAUCAACCGUCCUCAAUACUGUCGAGGAUCCGAUUACCGUAGAUUUGAAGGAGAUGCUGAAGGAGAUGAAGCACUCGUUACCGAAGCGGCCUAAACCGAGGAAGCCUAUGUCAAACGACGGUGACGUUCUCGAAAAGGUUGAGAAACACUCGGCCGUAUCUGCGAACAAGACCUCAUACGUUGCCUCGAUCACGACGACGAGAAUGGAAGCAACGUCGUCGAAUGAUUACGAGGCAGAUAAGCAAAAGGUGUCCUCGUCGGUCCAAACCAGUGGAAACAUCCGUAGAUUAAAUCAGCCUUCUACAUCCGCCGAGCAACCGUCUACGUCGGGUUGGAAACACGAAGACGUACUCUACAGAACUUCUGGCAAAGGCUCGGUCCUUGUCAAGAAUACUUUUCAACUGAUACGACCGCGCGAUUUCGCCGAAAUAGAAGCCACGAAAACCACGAAGGAGAUUAACAAGGAAAACACUUAUGCUAAUAUAAUAGAACCGUCACUAUAUGUCAAUGCUCACGUUCCUCCUGUCUCCUCGCCGAAACAACGAUCACCAAAUUCGACACGAUCGAAGGAUAUUUCGUUAAGUAAUCAUGUUAAAGCAUCGCCCAAUAUAAACGAAAGAAAAAUCACGCUGAACGACAAAGAAUUCACGGAAGAAGAAGACGAUAAUUCAACGUCCAAGAACAUGAAUACUCUGGCUAUAAAUCGAUUGCUAAGAAAAUUGGAAGGAGCCAUCGCGUCGGGCCAUCAUCAACAAGCAGCGGGAUUAGCGAAGGAAUUGGCAAGGCUCAAGAUCCAUUGUUCUGUAAUACGACAGCGUUCGGCGGCGCGUUUAAAAGAUCAGUUGAUUAAAGUCAAUAUGUACAUCGAAGACAAACUCGCUCACCAAGGGCCUAUACCGCUUCAGCUGCCGAUGAGAAUGACAGUAGCCGAGUUAAAGACGAAGAUACAUACGGAGUUCGAAAUACCUACGAAUGUACAACGCUGGAUCAUCGGGAAAAACUUGGCUGAUCAUGAUGAGGCCACCCUCGAUGAAUUACAAGCAGUAGAUGGUUCACCAGUGUUUCUUUAUCUCGUAGCACCCGAAUUGAAUAUGGACAAUGUAACGCAGACGAAUAAAACACCGCCCGCGGAAAAUAAAGUUGUUGAAGAAUUGCCACAAGAUAAUCCACCAACGGAAGUCUUACAGAUAACCGAAAAAAAUCAAGAAACUGUCGAGAAAGAGGAAAUAAUAUCGGCAAUAAAUGAGCAACAGCGAGAAAUGACGGAAACAGAGAUAUCGGAAGAUGUCAAGAUGGCACGAUACGAGGAAUUGAUAUCGUUGGAGAACUGGGAUGUGAUUCCGAAUUCCGAGCCAAUUGAAUGUCCAAUAUGCUUUGUUACAUACGGUCCGCGCGAAGGUGUAAUUCUGAGGGAUUGUUUACACAUGUUCUGCAGGCCAUGCAUCGCCAAUACGAUCGCAUACUGCGAGGAGGCGGAGGUGAAAUGUCCAUACAGAGAUGCAGAUUAUACGUGUGAAUCGACUCUUCAAGAACGCGAGAUCAAGGCGCUCGUCGAGCCGGAAGUUUAUCAGCAGCACCUUGCGAAAUCAAUCGCGCAAGCGGAGAAUAAUGCCGGAAAUAAAGCCUUCCACUGUAAAACGCCAGAUUGUCCUGGUUGGUGCAUUUACGACGAUGAUGUGAACAAUUUCCUAUGCCCCGUAUGCGGGGCCAAUAAUUGUCUCACUUGUCAGGUUGUUCAUACCGGGAAGAAUUGCAAACAAUAUCAGCAAGAGUUGCAACUUUCGAAAGAAACCGAUCAAGAAUCUAGAAGGACAGCUGCGAUGCUCAAGGAGAUGGUCGAUAAAGGUGAGGCACUUGCGUGUCCCACGUGUGCCGUCGUUCUUAUGAAAAAAUGGGGUUGCGAUUGGCUGGUGUGUUCCAUGUGCAAAACGGAGAUAUGCUGGGUUACCAGAGGACCGCGUUGGGGUCCAGGGGGUAAAGGGGACACAUCCGGUGGCUGCAAAUGUGGUGAAAAUGGAGUGAAAUGUCAUCCCCGUUGCAAUUACUGCCAUUAAAAAAUUACAACUGCCACGGCAAUAAGUAAAUGUGACAUUACGGUGAUAAUAAGAUAUCUUAAAUUACAUAUUAUUAUUUAUGUUAAAACAUGUGUUACAAAUUCGAUCGUGUGACAUGCCUUUCUUAUAUUUUUAAUAUAAGUUGGAACUUUCUGAUAAAUCAAUGUGCGAUAGAAGUUACACACUGCUUGCUCAAUAAUUAACUUUAUUGCGGCACUGUCUUCGAUGGAGAUUUGCAAGUGAGAUUUUAAUAAAAAGAAUAAUUUGUA